UAAUGGAGGUGAAGGGAGAGGGUGUGACAAUAAUGAAGGUGAAGGAAGGGGGCUUACCUAUGGUAGGGCAUGAGAGAAGUCGCUGACAACUACAGAGGCUGAGGAAGAGAGAGAGGAGGAGGCUAAGGAGGAGAUGGAGGAAGGGUAUAAGGAAGAGAGGGGAGAAGGGGAUGAGGAAGAGAGAGAGGAGGAGGCUAAGGAGGAGAUGGAGGAAGGGUAUAAGGAAGAGAGGGGAGAAGGGGAUGAGGAAGAGAGAGAGGAAGAGGCUAAGGAGGAGAUGGAGGAAGGGUAUAAGGAAGAGAGGGGAGAAGGGGAUGAGGAAGAGAGAGAGGAAGAGGCUAAGGAGGAGAUGGAGGAAGGGUAUAAGGAAGAGAGGGGAGAAGGGGAUGAGGAAGAGAGGGAGGAAGACGUAAAGGAGGAAAGAGGAGAAGAGGCUAAGGUCGAGAGAGAGGAAAGGGCUCGGGAGGAGAGGGAGGUAGAGGCUAAGGUGGAGCGGGAGGAAGAGGCUAAGGCGGAGAGAGAGGAAGAGGCUAAGGCGGAGAGAGAGGACGAGGCUAAGGCGGAGAGAGAGGAAGAGGCUAAGGCGGAGAGAGAGGAAGAGGCUAAGGCGGAGAGAGAGGAAGAGGCUAAGGCGGAGAGAGAGGAAGAGGCUAAGGCGGAGAGAGAGGAAGAGGCUAAGGUGGAGAGAGAGGAAGAGGCUAAGGCGGAGAGGGAGGAAGAGGCUAAGGAGGAGAGAGCGGAAGAAGAGGCUCAGGGCGAUGCUGUCGUGGCUGCCUCUUCCCCUCCCCCACUCUCCGCCCCUCACCCUCCCACCCUCCUCCCGUCAGCACAGCUACCCACACCUGCUGCCACCAUCGAGCCUUCCUCUUCUUCUCCCCUCACCGCGCCUGCUGUCACUAUCAAGCCACGCGCCCCAGACUCUUGGAUGAGGCAAAAGAACCGCUCUCCCUCCGACUCAGGCUCGGACUCUGACUGGUCUGACUCCGAACCUGCACCCAAGCCUGUACCCAUCCGAGCCUGGAGAGCAGGCACGGGGAGUGCUGUAGCGGCAGUAGCAGCAGUGCCUGCCGCUGCCUCCCCUCCCCCACCAGCAGCUGUGGGGCGGCUGCAAAGUGACUUCCUCAACCGCUUCCAACAGCAGCAGCAGCAGGCCCCUGCGACUUCUCCUGGACAACUGUCGACUGCUACUGGUGCUGCUGAUUCUGAUAGUUCUUCUGUUGCCACCACUACUUCGAAGGGCGCGACGCCAGCAGCAGAGACAGGCGCAGCAGGAGAGGUUGGGGAAAAGAGUGGAACGGAAGGUGAAGCAGCAAGAUCAGAUAACAGCCAAGCAGAGGGCAGUGAGAGUGUUGGUGGAAGGGCGAGUCUCGCAGGGCUGCAAGCAGAGACGACUCCAGAGGCACACAGAGAGAAAGAGGCAGAGGCAGGGGAGGAUGGAGAGGCGGCAGGCGGUGAGGCAGUGGGACAGGCGGCAGCAGUAGAGGUAGUGGAAGAGGGGGUGGCGGAUGCACCCAGCCCUGCAGCAGAUGCACCUACUCCUGCAGCCGAGGAGCCAUCACCUACCACACCCAUUGCAGCACCAGAGGCCGCCUUUGCUGCUCCUUCCAUCACCUCCCCUCAACCCCUCUCCUCCCCUCAACCUUCCACUCCUCUCCUCGCCACGCCUGCCAUCACCAUUAAGCCACGCGCUGCAGACUCGUGGAUGAGGCGGCCCAACCAGGCCAAGUCCGACUCAGGGUCGGAUUCCGACUGGUCUGACUCCGAACCUGCACCCAAGCCUGUGCCGAUCCGAUCCUGGAGAGCAGGUGUGGCGAGUUCAGCAGCAGUGCCAGCAGCAGCAGCCCCAGAGCCUUCCGCCUCGCCUACCCAAACAGCAGCCGUGGGGCGGCUGCGAAGUGACUUCCUCAACCGCUUCCAACAGCAGCAGCAGCAGCAGCAGCAGCAGCAGCAGGCCUCCCUGCCUCCUCUUAAAUCUCCACAACAGCAGCAGCAGCAGCAGCAGCAGCAGCAGUUUUCUGUGUCUCCUCGUGUGCAACCUCACAGCCCCGAGGUUGCUGCUUCAGUUGGUGCUGCUGCUGCUGCGGAUGAUGUUGCUUCCACUGCCACCGCUGGCGGUGCUGCCCCUGCUGCUGCAGCUGAGAGCGCCGUUUCUGUCGGUUCUACCACAGUGGCAACCGAUAGCGCCUUUACAGCUCCUGCUGCUGGUGCAGCAGCCGCUGUGGUUGUAGCCGCAGCUGCUGCUGUACCUGGUGUUAUGCAGGGGAAGGAACUGGGAGGCUUGGGACGUGGAGAGGGCGUUGUAAGCACGGGAGAAGGGGGAGAGGGUGGAGAGGGUGGCCCAGAAGACGACGAAGCGGGUGGAGUGAGCAUUGGUAAAAGGGGGCCAGUGACAGUGGGAGUGGAAGAGGCUGUGGCCGGGGGAGCAGAGACAGCUGCAGAGGAGGGCAGCACGUCAGCAGCCGAGUUGGCAGCAGAGGGAAGUGGGGAGGUGGAGAACGGUUCAGAGGCAGCAAUGGUGGUGGUUGGGCCUGACGAAGAGAAGACAGGGGAGUUGACUUGGGAGGAGGAACAGGGCGAAGAAGAAGGGGAGGAAGGAAAAGAAGACAAAGAAGAGGAAGAAGCAGAAGAAGCGAAAGAGGAAGAGGGAAGUGCUACAGAGGGCAAAGAGGAGUCUGAGGCAGAGGAGGAGGAUGCAGAGGGAGAGGAGGAAGAAGGGAGUGAGGGAGGAGAGGCGAGUGAAGCGGGGUCCUCCGAGGAAGUGACUGUGGAAGUGACAGAGGAGUAUGAGGAAGUUACGGUUGAAGCAACAGAGGAGUAUGAGGAAGUCACUGUAGAAGUUACAGAGGAAUACGAAGAGGUAACCGCAGAGGUGACCGAGGAAUAUGAAGAAGUUACAGUAGAGGUUACAGAAGAGGUGACAGAGGAAUAUGAGGAAGUUACUGUGGAGGUUACAGAAGAGGUGACAGAGGAAUAUGAGGAAGUUACAGUGGAGGUUACAGAAGAGGUGACCGAGGAAUAUGAGGAGGUGACUGUGGAGGUUACAGAGGAAUACACUGAAGAGGAAGUUACUGUAGAGGUUACAGAGGAAGUUACUGACGAGGAUGAAACUGAGGAGGCCGCAGAGGAGGCGACAGAAGCAACUGGUGGAAAAGAGGCAGAAAGCAACGAGGGACAAGAGGGGGAGCAAGAGGAAGAAGAUGGGCAGCAGGAGGAGGAACACGAGGAGGAGUAUGAAGAAUACGAGGAGCAGGAAGAGGAAGAGGAAGUGGAGGAGCAGGAGGAUGAGGAAGAGGAGGAAAGCGAAAAAGAGAGCACGAGCAGCAGCCCCAGCAGCACCGGAAGCAGCCCGAAGAAGAAGGCUGAAGAGAAGCAGGAGGAGGAGGAUGACGAGGAAACAAAGCUAAGGAGGCAGGAGCAGGAGGAGCGCAACGCGGAGGAGCAGCGUAAGCUGCGGCUGCGCGUGGCCAGCAUGAAGCGCUUCAACGUGGUGCUCGGGGAGCUGCGCCUGCGCCAAGGCAUCCGCGGGGAGGGGGAGGAAGACGGCGCAGUGGCGCCUGUUGCGCUGCCUGCCAUGGCUGUUGCUGGUCGACCCAACCCACACAGUCCAGGAAAGCGAUCCCGCCUGCUGUCGAUGGUGGCGGCACAGGGCCUGCACGUCCCUGCCAGCGCGGUGACCAAGGAAAUCAUGGGGCUCACUGGGAGUGCGGCCAAGGGGGGCGCUGGGAGUGUGAUGAAGGAAAGAAAACGUCCAGCUUUGCUGGAUGACAGCAGUGAGGAGGAGGAAGACGAGGAAGAGGAGGAAGUAGAGGAGGAGGAGGAAGACGAGGAAGAGGAGGAAGUAGAGGAGGAGGAGGAAGAGGAGGAUGAUAAUGAUGAAGAGGAGGAGGAGGGGGAUGAUGAGGGUGAGGGUGAGAGUGGAGAAGAGGAAGAGGAGGAAGCAGAAGAAGAGAGGGAGGAGGAAGAACAUGAGGAGGUGGAGGAGGAAGAGGAAGAAGAGGAGGAGGAGGAGGAGGCGGCAGAAGAGGAAGAAGAGGAAGAGCAAGACGGAGUGGAGAACAAUGAGAAUGAGGAGAGUGAGGGGAAUGAGGAGGAGGAGCAGGACCUAGAGCGCGAGGCAGGGUGCACAGAUUCGGAGGCUGGGGAACACGAGGAAGAGUACUUGGGCGUUGACGCUUGGAGCACAGAGGACGUGGGGGAGAGUCAAACCGAGCAGGAGGAGGAGCAGCAUCCAGAGCACGAGGCAGGGUGCACAGACACAGAGGCUGGGGUGCAUGAGGGAGAGUACUCGGGCACUGACGCUUGGGAGAUGGAGGACGGGGAGAUUCAACCUGAGGAGGAGCAAGAGGGCUUGGAACCGGGCAGCAGCAAUUCGCGGGACAAUGUAGGGGCAGAGGAGGGGGGUGUGGAAAUGGCUGAGCUGGGGAGUACCGGGGAGGAGCAAGAGGGUUUGCGAGUGAGUGGUGACGAUUCGAAGCAUGGCCUAGGAGCGGAGGAGGAGGAGUAUGUGGAAGUGGUUCAGCUAGGGAGUCCUGGCGGGGAGCACGGGGAGGAGGAUGUGGAGAUGGUUAGGCUUGGGAGUGCUGGAGAGGAGGCAGGGGGUGCUGACGAGGCGGAUGAGGAUGCAGGGGCAGAAGCACAUGAGGACGAGAGAACAGCACACACAGACGUGCAGGAUGGCAGCAGCAGCAGCAGCAGCAGUGAACCGAGUAAUAGAGUUCCGUCCAUGGCUGCUGCUGUGAGUGAUGCUUCCGCCCUUGGUACUUCCUCUGCUCACACAAGCAGAGAAGAGGUCAACACUAGCUCAGGAACAUGGGAGGAGAGUAGCAGUGGGUCUGGCGGCAGGGUCCGGUCCCUGGCUGCUGCUGUGAGUGCUGGUGGUCAGGGCAACACUGACUGUAGCGACAGCAUUGGCAACAGCAGCGGCAGCAGCGAUGCCAGCACGGGGAGUGGAGCAAGGGAGGGAGGCACCAGUGAGGGUGGCAGCAGGGUGCGGUCCCUGGCUGCUGCUGUGGCUGCCGGCGCACUCAGCAACGCCGACAGUGGCAACAGCAACGGCAGCACCAGCAGCGACAGCAAUGCGAGCAUGGGGAGUGGGGCAAGGGAGGAGACCACCAGUGAGGGUGGCAGCAGGGUGCGGUCCCUGGCUGCAGCUGUAGCUGCUGGUGCAAUCAGCAGUAGCAGCAACAGCAGCAGUGGUGGUGGUGAGAGUGGAGGGAAGGAGGGAGGUGAGGAAGAGCUGAGCGUUUCCCAAGGGCGGGUGCGUUCGCUGGCUGCUGCUGUUGCUGCAGCUGCUGUCGCUUCUGCUGCUGCUCCUCCUGCUGCCCCUCCUCUGGCGACCAGCAGCAGUGCAGCUGGUUCUUCGGCCACUGCUGCUGCUGCUGCAGCCACUCCAGCAACUUCAUCUUCCCUUUCCAGCUCCGAGCCUGCCACACCCUCCAGCACAGUUGACAGCACGCCUGCCAAGGACCCCUCAUUGGCUGACAGCACCGGUGUUACCGGCAGGGUAUCUGCCAGAGACCCCUCACUGGCUGUGUCUGAGGGGCGUGUGAAGGCCCUUGCUGCUGCUGUUGUAACGUCUUCUUCUGCUGCUGAACCCACCAGCCCAGUCUUCAAGGAGGCGACUCUUGAAGUUGGUGAGGGUCGGGUGAAGGCACUUGCUGCUGUGGUGGCAUCUGGUGGUGUUGCUACCACUGCUGAUACUGACGCUGACACCAACGGGGCUGCUUCAAGGGACCCCUCUCUCCAAGCGGCUGAGGGGCGGGUGAAGGCUCUGGCUGCUGCUGUUCUCACGUCGUCUUGUGCUGAUGACAUCACCGGUGCACCCUCCAAGGAGACGACUGUGGAAGUUGCUGAGGGGCGGGUGAAGGCUCUUGCUGCGUCAGUGGCUGCUGCUAGUGUUGACACCACUGCUGACACCGACAGUGCGGCUUCAAAGGACCCCUCUCUCCAAGCGGCAGAGGGGCGUGUGAGGGCUCUUGCUGCUGUGGUGGCAUCUGCGGGAGCUGACUCCACUGGUGCACCCCCUAAAGAGACAGACACUCUGGAUAUUGUCCAAGGGCGUGUGAAGGCCCUUGCUGCCUCUGUAGCUGCUGUGGGAGACACGAUUGCUGAAACUAACGGUGCUGCUUCAAAGGACCCCCCUCUCCAGGCGGCUGAGGGGCGUGUGAGGGCUCUGGCUGCAACUGUUGCUGCUGCUGGUAUUGACACCACUCCUGACACCGAAAGCGCUGCUUCAAGGGAACCCUCUCUGCAAACAGCUGAGGGGCGUGUGAAGGCUCUGGCUGCUGCAGUUCUCACAUCUUCUGCCACUGUUGGCACCACCAGUGCGCCUUCCGAAGAUGCUCUGCUAGAAGUAGCAGAGGGGCGUGUGAAGGCUCUUGCAGCGGCUGUUCUCACGCCUUCUGCUGCUGACAAUACCACCACCACACUUUCCAAGGAAGCUGCAUCUCUAGAAGUUUGCCGAGGGCCGUGUCAAGGCACUUGCUGCCUCUGUUGCUGCUGCUUCUGCUGUGGACACCACCCCUGACACCAAUAGUGCGGCUUCAAAGGACCCCUCGCUAGACGUUGCCGAGGGGCGUGUCAAGGCGCUGGCUGCUGCUGCUGCUGCUGUGGCCUCUGCUGCAGCUGAUUCCAGCACAAGCACUAACAGCACUGCUUGGGACGACGACUCCUCUCUGGAAGCCAUUGAGGGGCGUGUGAAGACCCUGGCUUCUGCGGCCUUGGCCUCUGCUGCAGCUGAUUCCAGCACAAGCAUUAACAGCACUGUGACGACCCUGGCUGCUGCUGUACCUUGUGCCAUAGCCUCUGCUCCCCCUCCUCCUCCUCCUUCCGCCUCCCACUCCUCUCUCCCCACACACCCACUCUGAUUCUUCACUUCAGGACAAGGACACCUAUGCCAGCUCCACUGCUGCUAGAUUCCACCACGUCCCUAACAGCCCGACCCAGGCUAACAGUGACAAGAAGAGCAGCCAGCAGCAGCAGCAGCAGCAUCUGCAGUAUCCCACUUCCUCCUCCCACCUCAUCCCCCGACCCUACUCCCCCUCGCCCCACCCUAUCCCUCGCUCCCCUUCCGCCCACCUCCCCUGCUACACCCGCGCCCCCUCCUCCCACCUCGUCAGCCCCAUUCGUCCACGUGGCAGCUUCAGCCCGAGCCGCUUCCGAGCCUUAGACUCGGCAGCUGCAGCAGCAGCAGCACUGGCAGGGGUCUCCCCCCACCGCCGCCUCCCCUCUCCUAACCUCCCUCGUAAUUCCACCUCUCCCCAUCCUUAUGCUGGUCCUGUUCCCUUCCGAACCUCAUCCGUGAGUCCUAGCCAGUCGCCAAUGGGUAGGGGCCUGCCUCGCGAGAGGUUCGGGCUGCCGCCCAGGUUCGGCAGCAUCGCGAGGUUUGGCGGCGGUGUGAGGACCCGAGGUUCAGCGAGUUUCGUGAUUCGUCGAGGGAUUUGGAUUUCCGGGAA